CAGGGCAAGUCGCCCAUCUCUGCCGCCGUCACUUCUGCUUUCAGGGUCAUGUGAUGUGAUGAAGCUGAGUGGUGACGUCAUCUGACGGCUCACGGAGAACAUGGCGGCCAAGGGGGGCAGCGGUAGCUCCCGGGGCUUUUAUUUCAACACCGUGCUGUCCCUGGCCCGCUCCCUGGCAGUGCAGAGGCCCGCGGCGCUGGAGAAGGUACAGAAGUUACUGUGUAUGUGCCCCGUUGAUUUCCAUGGAGUGUUCCAGCUGGACGAGAGGCGUAGAGAUGCACUUAUUGCUUUGGGUAUAUUCCUGGUUGAAUCUGAUCUUCAGCACAAAGAAAACAUUGUACCUUACCUUCUGAAGCUUCUGAGAGGUCUGCCCAAGGUGCAGUGGAUAGAGGAGAGCACAGCUCGUAAAGGCAAAGGUAUGCUUCCAGUGGCUGAGACCUUUAGCUUCUGCCUGGUGACACUGCUGUCAGAUGUUGCUCAUAGGGACUUGACUUUCAGAGUACAGAUAUUGGAGACCAUCCUGGAUGUGAUGCAAUGUCUGCUCGGAAUGUGCCAGUCCCCGCAGAUCCAGGACAAAGAAUACCUUUGCAAGUACGCAGUGCCUUGUUUGAUUGGUAUCUCCCGGGCAUUCGGACGAUACAGCAACACAGAAGAAUCUCUCCUGUCCAAACUUUUUCCCAAGGUCUCCCCUCAGUCUUUGAAAGCUCCAGAAGAGCUGGAAGGGAUUCGCAGACGCUCCUUCAAUGAUUUUAGAUCUAUUCUCCCAAACUCUCUUUUGUCUGUGUGUCAGGGUGACUCCCUGAAGAGAAAGACGAGCAGUGUAUCUAGCGGAUCACAGGUUAGCCCUGAUCGCAUUGUCCCUCCCCCUGGAUCUCCUGCAGGGUCCACUGUUCAGUACUUUGAAGGCUCCUAUCUUCCUGAUGGCAGCGCUGUAGACCCAGAUUAUUACCUCACGACCAUAAGCUCCAGUUUCUCAGUCUCCCCUCUCUUCACUGGUGUCAGCAACAAAGAAUUUGACAUCCCCCAGGAAACACUGCGUCAGCUUCUGUGCAUGGUUAAACAGAUUGUAGCAGAGCCGGUCCUGAGUUCAGUAGAUUGCCUGAUCACUGAAGUUACAGAGGCAAAUCCCAGUGCUGAUCUUUAUUAUAAAACAUUUAGUGAUCCUCUCUACGUAGCAAUGUUUAAGAUGCUCAGAGACACACUGUAUAAUAUGAAAGACCUCCAGACCUCUUUUGUGAAGGAGAUCCACGACUUUGUACUUGAACAGUUUAACAGCAGCCAGUCUGAGUUGCAGAAGAUACUGCAUGAUGUGGACAGAUUACACAAUGAACUUAGCCCAUUGAAGUUGAGAUGCCAGGCAAAUGCCGCCUGUGUGGACCUUAUGGUGUGGGCAGUCAAGGAUGAACAAGGUGCAGAAAACCUGUGCAUCAAAUUAUCGGAAAAGUUGCAGUCCAAGACAUCUAGCAAGGUCAUCAUAGCCCAUAUGCCCCUCCUGAUCUGCUGCCUACAGGGUCUAGGGCGCCUAUGUGAGCGCUUCCCAGUGGUGGUUCACUCUGUAACUCCAUCUCUUCGGGACUUCCUUGUGAUUCCUUCUCCAGUGUUGGUGAAGCUGUAUAAAUAUCACAGCCAAUAUCAGACAGGUGUUAAUGACAUCAAGAUCAGCAUAACAAAUGAGCACUCUGAAUCCACAAUGAAUGUUAUACAUGGCAAGAAGAGCCAGCCUUCCAUGUAUGAGCAGCUGCGAGACAUUGCCAUUGAGAAUAUCUGCAGGUGUUUAAAGGCGGGUUUAACCAUCGAUCCAGUAAUUGUAGAAGCUUUCCUUGCCAGUUUAUCCAAUCGCCUUUAUAUAUCGCAGGAGAAUGAAAAGGAUGCACAUUUGAUCCCUGAUCAUACAAUCCGUGCUCUGGGGCACAUUGCAGUGGCCCUGAGGGAUACUCCAAAAGUGAUGGAACCAAUUCUGCAGAUACUACAACAGAAGUUCUGCCAGCCGCCAUCACAGCUAGAUGUGCUCAUUGUUGACCAGCUGGGGUGCAUGGUGAUCACUGGAAAUCAAUACAUUUACCAGGAGGUGUGGAACUUAUUCCAGCAGAUCAGUGUGAAGGCCAGCUCAGUUGUGUACUCUACCAAGGAUUACAAAGAUCAUGGGUAUAGACACUGUUCUUUGGCUGUUAUAAAUGCACUGGCAAACAUUGCAGCCAACAUCCAGGGAGAGCAACUGGUAGAUGAGCUUCUGAUGAACCUACUGGAGCUGUUUGUGCAGUUGGGGCUGGAGGGAAAGCGAGCCAGUGAGAGAGCCAGUGAGAAAGGGCCAGCGCUGAAGGCCUCUAGCAGCGCAGGUAAUCUGGGAGUCCUCAUCCCCGUAAUUGCUGUGCUAACACGAAGAUUACCACCCAUCAAAGAAGCUAAACCCCGACUUCAGAAACUGUUCCGAGAUUUCUGGUUAUACUCUGUUCUUAUGGGCUUUGCAGUGGAAGGGUCAGGUCUCUGGCCUGAGGAGUGGUAUGAAGGAGUAUGUGAGAUAGCUACUAAGUCACCCUUGCUGACUUUUCCUAGUAAGGAACCUUUGCGCUCUGUCCUGCAGUAUAACUCUGCUAUGAAGAAUGACACUGUGACAUCGGCAGAAUUAAAUGAGCUAAGGAGCACCAUUAUCAAUCUGCUGGACCCUGCCCCUGAGGUAUCUGCACUCAUCAACAAGCUUGACUUUGCAAUGUCCACUUACCUACUAUCUGUAUAUCGCCUUGAGCACAUGAGGGUCUUGCACUCAACAGAUAAGGAUCGGUUCCAGGUCAUGUUCUUUUACUUUGAGGACAAAGCUAUCCAGAAAGAUAAAUCAGGGAUGAUGCAGUGUGUUGUUGCAGUAGCAGACAAAGUAUUUGAUGCAUUCCUAGCGGUGAUGGCUGAUAAGCCUAAAACAAAGGAGAACGAGGAAGAGUUGGAGCGCCACGCUCAGUUCCUGCUUGUGAACUUCAAUCACAUUCAUAAACGUAUCAGGAGGGUCGCAGACAAGUAUUUAUCUGGACUGGUAGACAAAUUUCCCCACUUACUGUGGAGUGGCACUGUUCUGAAGACCAUGCUGGACAUUCUGCAGACCCUGUCCCUCUCAUUAAGUGCGGACAUUCACAAGGACCAACCAUACUAUGACAUUCCAGAUGCUCCAUACAGAAUUACUGUCCCAGACACAUAUGAGGCCAGAGAGAGUAUUGUGAAGGACUUUGCUGCUCGCUGUGGGAUGAUCUUGCAAGAAGCCAUGAAGUGGGCGCCUUCAGUGACCAGAUCCCACCUGCAGGAAUACCUGAACAAACACCAGAACUGGGUAUCUGGUCUUUCUCAGCACACGGGCCUUGCUAUGGCUACUGAAAGCAUAUUGCAUUUUGCUGGUUACAACAGGCAGAACACAACGCUGGGGUCUCCAGCUUCCCCUGUCCAGGCAACUCAGCUGACAGAGCGCCCAGCCUGUGUCAAAAAGGAUUAUUCCAAUUUUAUGGCAUCGCUAAAUCUGCGUAACCGCUAUGCUGGCGAGGUUGCCGGCAUGAUAGAGUUCUCUCAUGCCACUGGUCGGUCAUCUGAUCUGAACAAGAUAAUGAUGAAACAUCUGAAUAAUGCUUUGGAUUCAAGGCAGCCAGAGGCUUACACUCAAGUCUUGUUCAAGCUCACAGCCAUGCUUAUCAGCAGCAAGGAGUGUGAUGCUCAGCUGCUGCACCAUUUGUGUUGGGCCCCACUUCGCAUGUUCACUGGCCACGGUAUGGAGACAGCCAUAGCCUGUUGGGAAUGGCUUUUGGCCGCCAAGAAUGGGAUUGAAGUGCCGUUCAUGCGGGAGAUGGCUGGAGCUUGGCAAAUGACUGUAGAGCAGAAGUUUGGACUCUUCUCACCCGAGCAGAAGGAAGCUGACCCCCUGGCUGCCUCAGAGCAGAGCCAGCCUCGUCCAUGUCCUCCAGAAGUGAAACCCCACUACAUAUGGAUUGAUUUCCUGAUGCAGAGGUUUGAAAUUGCCAAAUACUGCAGCUCAGAUCAGGUGGAGAUAUUCUCCAGCCUCCUGCAACGUUCCCUUUCUCUAAAUAUUGGAGGGUCAAAAGGAAGCCUCAACAGGCAUGUGGCAGCAAUUGGACCUCGAUUUAAGCUGCUGACGCUAGGGUUGUCAUUGCUGCAUGCAGACGUGGUUCCUAAUGCCACCAUCCGUAAUGUUCUUAGAGAAAAAAUAUACUCAACAGCAUUUGACUACUUCAGUUCCCCUCCAAAAUUCCCAACACAAACAGAGAAGCAGCUGCGGGAGGAUAUCAGCAUUAUGAUUAAGUUUUGGACUGCUAUGUUCUCAGACAAGAAAUAUCUUACAGCUAAUCAGCUUGUCCCUCUAGAUAAUCAGGAUCCCUCAGUGAACAGCCUGUCUGUCAUGGCGGAUGUCACUCGCAGUAAUUUGGAUGUAACAAUGGGAUCCCGACAACAGACGGCUCAGGGCUGGAUAAAUACAUACCCCUUAUCCAGUGGCAUGUCUACUAUCUCUAAGAAAUCUGGUUUGGCAAAGAAAACAAACCGGGGAACACAGUUGCACAAAUACUACAUGAAAAGGAGGACGCUGCUUUUAUCCCUCUUGGCCACAGAGAUUGACCGACUGACCACAUGGUACAACCCUUUGUCUGCUCCCGAGUUGGAACUAGAUCAGACAGGAGAGAUUAGUGUUGCAAACUGGAGAUCAAAGUACAUCAGCCUGUCCGAGAAGCAGUGGAAAGACCAUGUGAACCUGGCAUGGAGCAUUUCUCCUCACCUGGCAGUUCAGUUGCCAACAAGAUUUAAGAACACUGAAGCCAUUGGUGGAGAAGUGACGCGACUAGUAAGACUGGAUCCAGGUGCCGUCAGUGACCUGCCAGAGGCAAUCAAAUAUCUGGUGACUUGGCAUACGAUCGAUGCAGAUGCUCCUGAGCUCAGCCAUAUUCUGUGCUGGGCACCAACUGACCCACCCACUGGACUGUCUUACUUCUCCAGCAUGUACCCUCCACAUCCACUAACCGCUCAAUAUGGAGUCAAAGUACUACGAUCAUUCCCUCCGGAUGCUAUUCUGUUUUACAUUCCACAAAUUGUGCAAGCUUUGAGAUAUGACAAGAUGGGAUAUGUCCGGGAAUACAUUCUGUGGGCAGCUGCAAAGUCUCAGCUUCUGGCUCAUCAGUUUAUCUGGAACAUGAAGACCAACAUUUUUCUAGAUGAAGAAGGGCAUCAGAAGGACCCUGAUAUUGGUGAUUUGUUGGAGCAGCUUAUGGAGGAGAUCACAGGAUCCUUGUCAGGGCCUGCCAAAGACUUUUACCAACGUGAAUUUGACUUCUUCAAUAAAAUAACCAACGUGUCUGCCAUCAUUAAGCCAUACCCUAAAGGAGAAGAACGGAAGAAAGCUUGUCUGAGUGCCCUGUCUGAAGUGAAAGUGCAGCCAGGAUGCUACCUACCCAGUAAUCCAGAAGCCAUAGUGUUGGACAUUGACUACACAUCUGGAACACCCAUGCAGAGUGCUGCAAAAGCUCCAUAUUUGGCCAAGUUCAAGGUGAAGAGAUGUGGAGUUAGUGAGCUGGAAAAAGAAGGCCUCCGCUGCCGCUCAGACUCCAUUGAUGAGAGUGAGGAGGAAGGUGGAGAUAAAAAGGUUUGCUGGCAGGCAGCCAUUUUUAAAGUUGGAGAUGACUGCAGACAAGAUAUGCUGGCUCUGCAGAUUAUUGACUUAUUCAAGAACAUUUUCCAACUGGUAGGACUUGACCUCUUCGUCUUUCCAUAUAGAGUAGUGGCAACAGCUCCUGGGUGUGGAGUUAUCGAGUGUAUUCCAGACUGCACCUCGCGGGAUCAGCUCGGCCGCCAGACCGACUUUGGAAUGUACGACUAUUUCACUCGGCAAUAUGGCGAUGAGUCUACUCUUGCUUUUCAGAAGGCUCGGUAUAACUUUAUACGUAGUAUGGCAGCCUACAGCCUGUUGCUCUUCCUGCUGCAGAUUAAAGACAGACAUAAUGGCAACAUCAUGCUGGAUAAACUGGGUCACAUCAUCCAUAUAGAUUUUGGAUUUAUGUUUGAGAGCUCCCCGGGAGGUAAUCUAGGCUGGGAGCCAGAUAUAAAACUGACUGAUGAGAUGGUGAUGAUCAUGGGAGGCAAAAUGGAAGCAACACCCUUCAAAUGGUUCAUGGAGAUGUGUGUGCGUGGAUACCUGGCUGUCAGGCCGUACAUGGAUGCUGUGGUAUCACUGGUAACCCUCAUGCUGGACACAGGAUUGCCUUGCUUUCGUGGACAGACCAUUAAAUUGCUGAAGCACCGGUUCAGUCCCAACAUGACGGAGAAAGAAGCUGCAAAUUUCAUCCUGAAGAUUAUACAAAACUGCUUCCUCAGCAACAGGAGCAGAACGUACGACAUGAUCCAGUACUAUCAAAAUGACAUCCCAUACUGAGCUCCUUUGUGAUCCAAGACAUCCUUUGUUCGUAGUGACCUGUAGUCUCCUGUGUCUCUGCUCGCCCCUAUCCACAAUUUCUGAGUAUCUGCAGCACGUGUGAAGGGUGAGAGGUGGGAGGUGAGAACACUAGACAGCUAGACUUGUGGUUGCAACAUGCCCAUUUGCUUGUUGAAAUUUGUCUGUGCAAAACACAGUCCGAAAGCUGAAUCACAUAAAGGUUCUGCAUUACAGACGAACGUAUUUUGCAGAAAAAAAUAUAAUAUUGUAUUUAUUACCUGAAACACUGCUUCUAUUAUUCUUCCCAAUGAAAACGGUAUUGCCGGCUUACUUGCACUUUGAUGAUGUAUAAGAAAUGUCACACUCAGGACUAGAGCACAUUCUCUGUGCUCCUAUUGGCCACAAGUAGCAUGGAGGAGAGGUGAGAGGGGACAUUACUCCUCUGUGACUGGUCAUUGCACUGCACCUCUAAAUUUGAGGAUCCCGCUUCACGCUGGAAAGAUGAAGAAAGUUCAUUUCGUCUUCUGUGUAAAAAAAAUUGUGGAAAUGUAUUUAAUCUGUAAACUGUAAUUAAACAAAUACAAACUA